AUGAUUUUGAUAAGCAACCGAAAAACAGUGAAGCGGGCAAGAAUUUCGGUCAGAGAGUGUAUCAUCAACUCAAAGCGGGAAGUUGGACAACUGGGAGUGAUACUAGACGACCGGCUAAGCUUCAAUAGCCACAUCGACCGCGCAUGCGGGAUGGCCGUAAAAGUGAUCUUGGCACUAUCUCGGAUCAUGCCAAACAACUCGACGAUCAGCAGCAGUAAAAAGCGACUACUGGUGAGUGUCUCCACAUCGGUGCUCAGAUAUACAGGACCUGCUUGGUUGACGGCACUGCAGACGAAGAGGAACACAUCUCGGCUGAACAGUACGUUCAGGCUGAUGGGCAUGCGGAGCUCGUACCGAACUAUCUCGUCAGAUGCAGCCUAUGUGAUAGCUGGAACGAUUCCCAUUAACUCGAAGAAGAUAGCGAGUGUUAUAGGAAUCAAGGGUCGAGAGGAGUCCUUAAACGAGCCCGAGCUGACACCUUAA